ACUGCGUCACUGGCUGACAGCUUGGAAAACCCUUGACCAAACGUUAAAUGCGAAGCCAGUCUGUUGUUGGCUUUGCUUGGGGACGGGUGUUGUAGUUUUCCUGUGCAGUUCUGUUGAUUGGAAGCCCCGUUCAGCGUGUACCAGAUAAACUACAUCGCCCAGAAGACACUGCGCGCCCGAAUGCUCAUUGCAUUGGGACACUGGCAGCGUCAGUAAACUGAGAUAUAUUUUCAAAGUUUCAUGUGACAUCCUUCCUUUGGGAGCAAAUGUUGUUGUUGUUGUUGUUUUUUCCCCCUCUGUUAGUGUUUGUGCUAUUGAAGCCUUGCACUGGCAGUGCUCUCUCCCUUGCUCACGCUAACUCUUUCACUUUCUCUUCUCUUUUCUCUGUAUAGUUUCAGUUUACAAGAAAGAAGAACACGGAAGACCACUUUCUCAAGAGAAUUAGUUUUAUAUUUAUUUGUUUUAAAUUGAGAACAGAAUCCAUAAUGGACACGGACUCGUCCAGUUUCUCCCAGGUGGUUUUCAACAAUGUGGAGAAGUCUUACUUUCCCGGUCAGUCGGUCAGAUGCGCCUAUACCAUCACAGCUGCACUGCAGCCCAACAUCAAAGACUGGAUCGGCAUUUUUAAGGUUGGCUGGAGCACCACAAGGGAUUACUACACCUUCCUGUGGGCCCCCCUUCCCAGCAACCAUGAGAAAAAGACACAGGCACAGCAAGAGGUGGUCUUUGAGGCGUACUACCUGCCCAAGGAGGAUGGCGAGUUCUAUCAGUUCUGCUAUGUGGACAGCAGAGGGCUGAUCCGAGGGGCCAGCACCCCCUUCCGAUUCCAGGGGGCCCCUGAGUCCAGCCUGGAGAGCGACCUGCUCGUGGUCACCACUCAGGAGCAAGUGGAGGAGAUCGAGAAGGUGGUGGAGGAACUGAGGAGAGAGAAUAGACAGCAGGGUGAGACCAUCAUCUUCCUGAAGAGGGAGCUGGAAGACAGGCUGCUGGAGCUGAGGAAGACCGAGGAGUCGGUAGAGAAGCUGGGCUCUGACGUGUCGAAGCUGCAGCAGAAGGGCGAGGAGGAGAAGCAGAGCAGGGAGGCUGUGCUUACCCAGCUGCGAGAAAUGGAGACCAGACUGGCCGGGGCGGAAGAGCAGGGUCUGGAGAGCAUCCGAGAGAAGGAGGUGAAGGAAAUCGGCACCAAAAACAGGAGCCACACGAAACGGUGCUUUUCAGGGCUGGAAGAGCUGCAGCAGACUCUCACAGCCGUGAGAGACAGUCAGGACAAGGUGAUUGCGAAGGCCAGGCAGCUGAGAGCGGAGAACGAGGAGCUGAAAAAGAGGAGCAGCCAGGCUGAGGAAGAGCUCGACAAGCUGAGAGAGAGUCUGGUGAAGCUGGAGAGGGGGAAGACACAGGCUGAGUCAGAGCUGAAGAAACUGCAGGACUGGAGCCAGCUGCUGCAGUUUGACCUGGAGAAUGCGCAGAGGGAGAAUGUGAAGCUGGCGGGAGAGCUGCGGAAUGCGAGGGCGGCCGUCGAGAGCCUGCGGGAACUACGCUCGAAGAACGAGGAGCUGAGGAGAGCGCUCGAGGAGGAGAAGAAAGAGAACACCGAAAUGCAGGCGCGGUGCCGGGAGCUGGAGCUGCAGGUGCAGGAAGCACGGGCGCUGGCGAGCUCAGAGGCACAGCGGGCGGGCCGCACCCUGGAGGAAGUGACGUCAGUGCGGCUCUCUCACGAGAGGGAGGUGGCGGAGCAUCAGGAGAGGGAGGCGCAGCUGCAGUGCUGGAAGCGCGAGUUUGAGGUCAUGAAGGAACGGCUUGAGAAGACAGAGGUACUCCCUUUUGUUGACUGUUUGUUGUUGUGAUCUCGCUGUCUGUCUGUCUGUCUGUCAGUCACAGUCCACUACUAACUGUUUAUUUGUAGUUUUGAAGCAUUAAUAGAUUUCUUUUACUUGGCAAACUUUAUGCCAAAGCUUAGCAACUCUUUCCAGGUAUCAGGUGUAAAUUAUUAA